UAAAACACGACCGCCUUCCUCAAGCCCUUCUACUAUCAUUCGCCGCACUUCCUCUCUGGAUACACUUGCUGCUCCAUACCUUGCAGGGCACUGGCCUCGUGAUAAUCAUGGUCAAACUGCUCCUUGCAUGAGGGACAAAGCUACACAGACAGAGAGUGCAUGGGCCGAAGAAUACUCUGCUAAGAAGAAAGGGUCUCAUAAGCGUUCAGCGUCCUGGGGAAGUACAGAUCAACUUAAGGAGAUUGCAAAAUUACGCCAGCAGUUGCAGAGAAGUAAACAUAGCAGUCGGCAUCAUCGAGAUAAAGAAAGACAGUCUCCAUUCCAUGGCAACCAUUCAGCCAUUAACCAGUGUCAGGCUCCUGUUCCAAAGAGUACACUUAUUCCAGUAAUUCCCAUCACCAAAUCAACAGGCUCCCGGUUCCGGAACAGUGUGGAAGGAUUGAAUCAGGAGAUUGAAAUAAUAAUUAAAGAGACAGGGGAAAAGGAAGAACAACUUAUACCACAAGAUAUUCCUGAUGGCCAUCGUGCACCUCCCCCCCUUGUACAGAGAAGUAGCAGCACACGCAGCAUCGACACGCAGACCCCCGGGGGGGCAGACAGGGGAAGCAACAACAGCAGCCGCUCUCAGUCUGUGUCCCCCACGUCCUUCCUCACCAUCUCCAAUGAAGGUAGUGAAGAGAGCCCUUGCUCAGCUGAUGACCUGCUCAUUGAUCCCAGGGAUAAAGAGAAUGGGAACAACUCUCCUUUGCCCAAAUACGCAACCUCACCAAAACCUAACAACAGUUAUAUGUUCAAAAGGGAACCUCCAGAGGGCUGUGAAAGGGUCAAAGUCUUUGAGGAAUGCUCGCCAAAACAGCUUCAUGAAAUCCCAGCCUUUUACUGUCCUGACAAAAACAAGGUGAAUUUCAUUCCUAAAAGUGGCUCUGCUUUCUGCCUCGUCAGCAUCCUCAAGCCACUCCUUCCCACACCAGACCUCACCCUCAAGGGCUCUGGCCACAGUCUGACAGUCACCACUGGCAUGACAACCACUCUGCUGCAGCCCAUUGCUGUGGCCUCCCUGUCUACAAACACAGAGCAAGACCGAGUCUCCCGGGGAACGAGUACAGUCAUGCCAUCGGCUUCUCUACUCACACCACCAGAACCAAUUGAGGAAGCUGAAGGAUAGGUCCCAGCGCUGCGUAGCCACUGUUCCUCAGAUCUCUUGACCAUGAUGGCACCGUGCCCUCCCAGUUGGCUGUGACGUGCUCCAGCUUUCCACAGUGACGUGUCCCAGCACAGCUUCUGGAAGAAAGCCCCCCUCUGAUGGCUCUGCUCGCUCCUGAAGGCCAGCCCUAGUGCUUAGCCUACUUUUUCCUAAAGCACCGGUUGAAACAAAAGGUCUCAUUCUUUACUUUUGGCGGGCUAAUAACAUUGUUUUUUGUUUUCAAAUUAAACAACUUUAGAAACAAAAACAAGACAAAAAACUGACCCCUGCAAACAUGAUUCCUGGAGACGUGAAUGAUGCUGCAAGAACCAUCUUUUAUAUGAAUAUGACUAUUUUAUAAUACCAAUGUUACAUUUUCUGAAAUGUAGCAAACAGAUGUUCAAAAGAUUCUUUGGUGGCCUCUGUUUCUUGUUUCCCUUUCUAGAUGUGUGCAUUUCUGAGCUGUUUUCAGCUUUGGGACCAAAGGGAUUGUUGACAUUUUCCCAGCAAUCUUAAUCUCAUGACUGUGUUCUUCUCCCAAACAGGAAUUGAUAAAUACAUUGAACAAGUAUAUAUAAAAAGAAAUAAAAAGCAAUAUCAGUACAUUGUGAUUUAUGUUUUUUGAUGUCAGAAGUUUGUGCUUUGGGUGAAAUAUUUGUAAAACUGCUGUUUUCUUCACUACUCCUGUACACAUUUCAUUAUGUGCUCAGAAAAAUUGUAUUCUGGAGACGAGAGCUUAAUAUGUUCUCACCCAUCGCUGGAACUUGGUUUAAAAGUCGGUGAGCCAAAAGCAAGCUCUACCCGGUGUGGAUUGCAUAGCUAGGAGUAAGGAGCCCCUUUAGUUUUCUGCGCAGUAUUUGUCACCAUGAUCUCCCUUUACCACAGGUGUCAUUCUACCUUUAAUUAUCACUGUAUCAUAGUCCCAAGAGAUCCUAAAAUGACUGUGCAUGGAUUUCCUCCUUUGCUUUUGUGAUGUUGUUGUCUUGUGGAUUUGGUCAGGGUUAGUAGUUUGUCAGGAGUGUAAUCCAUUGAAUAGCAAUCUGUAGUCACAGAAUCUUGCGACUGACGUUUUCUUUAUGGUAGUUGGCACUGAGAUGUUACCUACAGGUUUUGCUAAUUGUUUCUCCAUUCCACACAGUGGGGAAAACGGGCAAAGGAGAGCUUUGGAGCAUAGACAACAGGAAUCUUUGAAAAACCCAGUUCUGGAUUUAGGCUUAUUCUAAUACAGUCACUGCCAAUAUCACACGUCAGCAGUAUUUCAUGUCUGGGUAUGUGGCAGUAAAAUUAAGGAGCAGCUCUGUCUUUUAAGAAGUGAGUUUCAGCAAACUGUGUUGAUAAAAAGCAUCCUAAGGUCUUCGCAUACUACCUUAUGAUGCAAUAAUUUAAUGUUCUUAUACACAUUAAAGAGAGAGAAAGUUUUAAAUACUUGUAAAAGGGAUAUAAUUUAGAGGGUUACUGUGUCAGUUUAUCCAGACAUAUCCCAUCAAAGAAAACCUAGUGGUAGCAAUAAAUCUUCUGAAAGUACUUCUUAUUCUCAUGCACCUUUAAAACAUCUAAGUAAUAAUAAAUAUGCCCUAUUAAAGUUUAAAUGGAGAUGUAUUUAGGGAAGUUAGAUAAAUUAAACAUACAAGUCUUAGGUUAGUCGAUGAGACUGAUGAAUUUUGGUACCUUUUUUGUCCGAAGCUAAUUUACUUGGAAUUAGUACAUGUGGCUUUUAAAUCAGUAAAAGCCCAGUUAUUCAGGAUCUAAAUGUUCUGGUUGGUUUGUUGAGAACCUUGAUUCUUUGCCUUUGCCUUUACCAUCCCACCACAGAGAACCGCUCUAUCAGAAGUACAGAAAAGGUAAAACUGAAAUCAGGUGAGUUAGUUUAAAAGGUAGGCAGAGGAAGUUAAAAACAAGGUUAAAAAAAAACACUCCUUAGUUUUUGGAUUAUCUGAGCUCUGUUAAAUCCGUGUUAACACUUACCUUUCUUCUGUCUCCAUCCCUACAAGUUACAAGGGUAUUUUACAACUUGAAUGCCACUUCGUGAAGUUUUUCCUUUUACUCUGUUGUGUAUGAUUGUCUAAUUCACAUUUUUCUGUAGAGUUUCAUAUCUCCUUAAUCUAAAGUAAUUUAAAAUAGGAAUGGAAGAACAAGUUUUAUUACUUCCAUAAUCUUAUAAGUGGAACUUGUAAUGUUUGGUUGUAAGGGGAAUGUGAAUUUGUAGGUAAAUGAAUUGUAUGGCAGCCAAGCGUGUCUCUUGGGUUUGGGAGAAAUAGAGCCUGAGAUUUGAAGAAGAAAAAGGUACAAGGUACAAACCACUCUAACUGCCAGUGCCAAAGGGCUAAUUUUUAAACAUAUGAGAUUUAUCUCAGUCUUGAAAACAUAUUAACCAUAGGUCCAUUCAGCUUUAUUUAACCCUUAGUUCACAGGUAGUUGAUUUUUUUUUUCUUAAUGGGUCUCAAUAGAACACAUAAUAGUGUCUUCUAAAGUUACAUUCCAGAGUUAUUGUUAUUCUAUAGAAAACUGUACAGGGAGGAAGUAAAUUAGAAUAACAUCAAGGGGAAUAUAAUUUCAAUUUUUUAAAAUUUUAAAUGAAGUUGUUUCCAUUGCAGUAAACGAAAUAGGUGACAUGUACAUUUUGACAGAAGAAGCUAUUCUGUGGUUAUUCCCUUCGUCAUUGUUAUUUUUUUCCCCUUAAAGAAUUUCUUGUGAUGAAAACAGGUAAAUUUACUGUUUUUUAUCAUGACUAAGCCUAUUGCUUUUGUCAUGGCUUUUGUGAACAAUUAUGUUUUUAAAAAUACCUGUUUUUCCUUUUUCGGUUAAUAUUGUGAGCAUGGAUGCCAAAAUUAUUUUUCAUCUAGAUUCUUCAUUUGUUUAAAAUAUUUCUUAAACUUAUGACAAGCCAAAUCAGCCUUUUAGAAGGUGCUAUUGCUACCUGUGAAAUAACCGGCAACAAGACGGCCUUUUCCUUUUUAAUGGUUGGAUUUUACUUGAAGGUAUUAAAAAAUGGCAGAAUUUGUAGCCUUGUGUAUGUCCAACAUUAGGACUGGGUUGUCAAGAUUUUCUUUUGUUAAAGGAAAUAAAAGAAAAAUUGCCACUACUGAAUUUACUGUACUAUUCUAAACUUAAGAUUCAUUCCUUAAAUGCUUGGACCAGUGGAAUGAACCGGACCAGUGGAAGUGCUGAAUUUGCAUUAAACUAAGAAUACUUAACUCCGCACUUUAAGGUUUAAGUUUUACUCUGCCUAAAAUAAUGAUAAGCAGAGCAACCCUGAACAAUAUUUUGUUUAUGCAAUCCUGUUGAAAAAUAUAAUUUAUGUUUUUUUUUAAAGUCUGUAUCUUUCAUCUCUGUUGAAGCUGUGUAUAUCUUUUUUAAAUGCAAUUUUUUAAAACUUUGUUUUUCUAAUAAAAUUCUCCCCCAAAACAGCAUUUCCAAUAGUGAUAAAUAUUGUUACUGUGUACUUAUGUAUUCCCUGUAUCUGAACACUUGUUCUGCCUCACAAGAAAAAGAACUUUUAUGUUAAAAAUAAAGUCUGUUCUUGAGAGUUUU